AUGCGCCUCGCUGCACAAAAGCUGCAGCUGGUAGCCAGCCGGCUGGCGGGCUGCCGCACCAGUAGGGCAGGAGCUGCCAGUUUCAAUGCCGUGCAGCGUGCUGCUCACAGGGUGGCUGGCCGGGCGCCGCGGGAAGCGGCGGCGCGGUGGCCCGCCCGCCGGCCCGUGGCGAGGGCCAGCGCGGCACACGAGGCGGGCCCAGACGGCAGCACCAGCCGGCCGGGCUACGAGGCAGACCUGCAGCUGCCCACCCACUGCUCCGGCUGCGGCGUGGAGCUGCAGCAGGAGGAGCCGGAGGCCCCCGGCUUCUUCCAGGUGCCCAAGCGCCUGCUGGAGCAGCUGGCAGCGGAGGGCGACCUGGAUGGCGCUGGGCUUGAGGAGGACGACAGCGAGCUUGUGUUUGACGACGUGGGGCUCGAGGCUGAUGAGGCCGGCGCCGAGGCGGCGGCCGGCCAGGAGCAGGCGGGCGUGGCGGGCGAGGCGGCGGCUGGGCCGGGGGAGGUGCAGGAGGCGGCGAGCACGUCUGGGCGGGACCCAGAGGAGGAGGCCAAGUGGGCUGCCUUUGAUGAGAUGGUGGAGAGCUGGCUGGGCGGCUCCAAGCCAGCGCGCGUGGAGGUGGCCAGCUAUGCGGAGCAGGAGGAGGGCCAGGGCACGGGCGGGUCCAGCGUGCUGUGCGCGCGCUGCUUCUCGCUGCGGCACUACGGGUCUGUGAAGAGCGAGGCCGCGGAGGCGGAGCUGCCGGCCUUUGACUUUGAGCGCAGGGUGGGCCUCAAGAUCCAGCUCCAGAAGUUCAGGCGCUCGGUGGUGCUCUGCGUGGUGGAUGUGGCAGACUUCGACGGCUCGCUGCCGCGCCAGGCGCUGCGCAGCAUCCUGCCGCCGGACCUGCAGCAGGGGCCGCUGGAUGUGGGGCGACCGCUGCCGCUGGGCUUCCGCCUGCUGGUGGCCGUCAACAAGGCAGACCUGCUGCCCAAGCAGGUCACGCCCGCACGCCUGGAGAAGUGGGUGCGCAGGCGCAUGGCGCAGGCAGGCCUGCCCAGGCCUAGCGCCGUGCAUGUCGUGAGCAGCACCAAGCAGCGCGGCGUGCGGGAGCUGCUGUCAGACCUGCAGGCGGCGGUGGGCGUGCGCGGCGACGUGUGGGUGGUGGGCGCGCAGAACGCGGGCAAGAGCUCCCUGAUCAACGCCAUGCGCCAGGUGGCGCGCCUGCCCAGGGACAAAGACGUCACCACGGCGCCGCUGCCGGGCACCACGCUGGGCAUGCUGCGAGUGACGGGCCUGCUGCCCACCGGCUGCAAAAUGCUCGACACGCCCGGCGUGCCGCACGCGCACCAGCUGUCCGGCCACCUGACCGCCGACGAGAUGCGCAUGGUGCUGCCCCGCCGCCAGCUCAAGCCCCGCACUUUCCGCAUCGGGGCCGGCCAGACGGUCAUGAUUGGCGGGCUGGCUCGCGUGGAUGUUGUGGACAGCCCCGGCGCCACCCUCUACCUCUCCGUCUUUGCCAGCGACGAGAUUGUGUGCCACCUGGGCAAGACUGAGACCGCGGAGGAGCGGUACGCCAUGCACGCCGGCGGCAAGCUGUGCCCCCCACUGGGCGGCGAGCAGCGCAUGGCGGCCUUCCCACCGCUGCGGCCCACCGAGGUGACGGCGGAGGGCGACUCGUGGAAGGCCAGUAGCAAGGAUGUGGCCAUAGCAGGCCUGGGCUGGGUGGGGGUGGGCGUGUCUGGCACCGCGGCGCUGCGCGUGUGGGCGCCGCCGGGUGUGGCGGUCACCACCCACGACGCGCUGGUCCCCGACUAUGCUCGGGAUCUGGAGCGCCCAGGCUUUGGUGUGGCGCUGACGGAGGUGGGGAAGAACCGGCGGGAGGAGGAGGCGCGGCAGUUCAAGGCCGCCAAGCAGCAGCAGCGCAAGGGGCGGCAGGGGGCCAAGAGGGCGGCGGCGGCCGGCAGCUAG